UGGCAAGUGUGUGUAAAGGUUAGAGGACAGCUUAUGGGAGUGUUUCCUCCUCUUACUAUGUGGGUCCCAGGGAUCAAACUCAGGUCUUCAGCUUGAGGGGCAAGUGCCUUUCUUUGCUGAGCUGUCUAGCCACUCCCUGUGUAGUCUUAUGUAGUUGACUUUUUCACGUUCUCUAGUGCUCUCAGGGUUCACCCAUGGAAAGGUGCCAGUAUUUCUUUCCUUUUUGUGCUGAACAAUACUCUGCUGUUUGGAGGUGCCCUGCUAACUCAGCUAUGAGAGCAUUCAGAUUCUCUUUCUAGUUGACUGUGAAGCCGAUGUGUACACGUAUAUGGAGAUUUCUCUGUGGACUUGUUCUCAGUCCUUUUGGACAUGUGGCUGAGCAAUGGGGUUACUGGGUCAGGUGGAGACUGUAACUGCAUGGCACGUGGCUGGAUUGUUUCCAUAGCAGCCACACUAUUUAAUUCCCAGUGUUUCAAUAACUUGUGUCUAGGCAGGAUCCAAAAAGCUAAAUGGCACAGUGAAGAAAUAAUUCAUGUUUUAUAUAACUUGUAUUAGACUAUACUGUUAAGAAAUUAUUACUAGUUAAUGCUAUCUGGUUAUUGUACCAAAGUUUAUAAGUUAAACUUUAUCAUUGAUGCAUAUAUAGGAAAACAUGUAUAUGGGAUUCAGUUGGAGCUAUGGAAUGUCCCCUCUGCUGAAAGGAGUGUACUGUGUGCGGAUUCUGAAUUCUCCACUUAUGUAUUCUGAUGAUGGUGGAUAUUUCUGCCGACUCUGAAAUAAUGUUUCACUCUGCUUUUCAUUUGCUUUGCCCCGAUAAUUCAUGAUGUUGAAGAUCCUUUUCUUUUCUCUGUCCCCUCCUCCUAUCCUUCCCUCUCACCCAUCCUCCCUCCCUCUCAUAAUGGGGAUUGAACCUAGGCCCUAACACAUAGUAGGGGAGCACUCCACCACUGACUUAGGCUAGGCCUUACUUUUCUGAUUGGGUUAUUUGUCUUUUUAUUAUUUAUUAUUGAGGUGCAAGGUUUAUAUUCUAGGCAAAAGACCCUUAUCCAAUAUAGUAUUUAUAAAAAUUCUCUUUCAUUUCAUUGGUUUUUUGCUUUGGACAACAUAUUUUCAGACAUGAAAGUUUAGGUGUUGCUGCUUAAAUUUAUUCAUGUAUUAAAAAAACUUUUUUAAGUCGGCUGUGUGAACCCGGAGGGUCGGUAUGCCUCGGUAUGCGCAGCUCGUCAUGGGCCCCACGGGGAGUGGGAAGAGCACCUACUGCUCCACCAUGGUUCAGCACUGUGAAGCCCUCAACCGAUCUGUCCAGGUGGUCAACCUGGACCCGGCUGCAGAGCACUUCAGCUACCCUGUCAUGGCUGACAUCCGGGAACUGAUCGAGGUAGACGAUGUGAUGGAGGACGACUCUCUGCGGUUUGGUCCCAACGAAGGAUUGGUGUUCUGCAUGGAGUACUUUGCCAAUAACUUUGACUGGCUGGAGAACUGUCUGGGCCACGUUGAGGACGAUUAUAUCCUUUUUGACUGUCCAGGUCAGAUUGAGCUCUACACCCACCUACCUGUGAUGAAGCAGCUGGUCCAGCAGCUUGAACAGUGGGAGUUACGAGUGUGCGGAGUGUUCCUUGUUGAUUCUCAGUUCAUGGUGGAGUCAUUCAAGUUUAUUUCUGGCAUCCUGGCAGCCUUGAGUGCCAUGAUUUCUCUAGAGAUCCCACAGGUUAACAUCAUGACGAAGAUGGAUCUGCUGAGUAAGAAAGCCAAGAAGGAGAUUGAGAAGUUUCUAGAUCCAGACAUGUACUCUCUGCUAGAAGACUCAACAGGAGACAUAAGAAGCCAAAAGUUCAAGAAGUUGACAAAGGCCGUGUGUGGCCUGGUUGAUGACUACAGCAUGGUUCGAUUUCUGCCGUACGAUCAGUCAGAUGAGGAGAGCAUGAACAUUGUGCUCCAGCACAUCGACUUUGCCAUUCAGUAUGGGGAGGACUUGGAGUUUAAGGAGCCAAGGGAGCAUGAAGAAGAGUCUUCCUCCAUGUUUGAUGAGUAUUUUCAAGAACGACAGAAUGAGUGAGGUUGACUACGAAGCCACCAUCCCCCUGGCCGAGUUGCGAAGUGCUCUUCUCCUGGAGGAUGUAACUGGGAAGCUGCUGCUUGUGUCUAUAAACGCUGGGCUCUAGGGAUGAGCCAGUGAGUGAUCAAUCCAGUGAGCGAGGCUGGCUUGUGCUCUGAGCUCUGAAACUGCUGCUAUUUCGGGAGAUUUUGUCCUGAGACUAUUGUUUGGAUUUUUUUUUUUUAAAAAAAUCUAAGUAGAAAUUAAUGCACAAAGACUUGUAUAUAAUGUAAAUCAACCUAGCCACACAUCACCGGUGAUGUACUUGUGUGUGUGUGUGUGUGUGUACAUGUGCGCUUGCAAGUACAUGCUCAACUAGAGCCAAUGUAACCUCACUUUUACAAUAGGAUUUUUGUUUUUUGAGGGGUCUUUUUUUGAUUUACUUGUUUGUUUUUGGAGAGGUACAAAUUAUUAUAACAAAAACCAUAGAUCUACAUCAAAAUGUAAAAUUGGAAGGAUAUACAUAAAUCUUAUUUU